CAAGACAACGUUGUGGGGGAAAAUCGACGUUUAGUUGACGCUGGUUGUUCUUGUUGUAAAGGUCCGACGUGUUGUGAGUGCAGUGUUAUGAGAGUGCCAAGUGUGAUGAUGUGGCAAGGAUGGGGGCCGCCGUCCCCCGCGGUGCUGUAACGUGCUGGCCCCCUUCUGUAGCGUACGGCGGCGGCGGCGGCGACGACGAAGGAGGAGGAGGCGGCUUUCCCGUGAAUCGUGUGUUGUGACAUGGCAGUCGCUGUGGGAGCCGAAGAAAGUGCUGGCGAGGGCGGCGUGGUGUGGGCGUCCGGGUCCCGCCCGCAUGAAGACUUGUGUACUAGAACUAGCUGGGCGGACGCCCGCACCGCCCUCGCCCAUAUUAACAAGGGUAGAGCGACGGGUAGUCGGGCGACCCUGUGGGUACGGACCAAAUUACAAUACCAGCUCUUGCAGCUGGGGACAUUCUCGCAAAGACAUGCCGGAAAAGUUUUGUUCGUGGCGCUGCUCGUUCUCGCCACCUUCUGCGUCGGUCUCAAGAGCGCCACGCUCCUCACCAACGUCCAAAAAUUAUGGGUCGAAGAGGGUGGUCGUCUGGAGCAAGAACUGGCGUACGUGGAGAAGACGCUGGGCGCAGGAUACGGCACCACCAAACAGAUCCUCAUCCUCACGCCGAAGGAUCCCGGCGCCAACGUCCUGCAUCCCAAGUCCCUCCUUGCUCACGCUGCCGUCCUCAAAGCCGCAACCUCCGUUAAGAUAGAAAUGUAUGAAUUGACGUGGAGUCUAGCAGACCUCUGCUAUGCUCCAAGCUUUCCCGAACUCGAGCACCCUAUCAUUGAUCAGAUCUUGGCGAAACUCACCCCGUGUACGAUCAUCACCCCCCUAGACUGCUUCUGGGAGGGCUCAAAGCUUCUUGGGCCCGAAACACCUGUCACCAUACCGUUUGCAAAACGCCUUCGACCAUGACUGGAGAAGCGGUUGCAUCACGCAGGAGACCUGGCAUUCCAACGCCACCGACGAGGGCAUCUUGGCAUAUAAGCUGCUGGUGCAGACGGGGCACGCAGACAACCCCAUCGACGUCUCCCUCGUGUCACAGAUCCGCUUAGUGGACUCGGAGGGGAUCAUCAACCCGAAGGCAUUCUACAAUUACCUCACGGCGUGGGCGACCAACGACGCCCUGGCCUACACGGCGUCCCAGGCCGACCUCCGGCCGGAGCCUCGUCACUGGACGCACGACCGAUACGACUACGACCUGAAGAUCCCCAAGAGCCCGCCCCUAGUGUAUACGCAGCUGCCCUUCUACCUCCACCAGCUGAGUGACACCACGACCAUCACCACCAUGAUCGAGGAAGUCAGGGCCAUUUGCAAGAGAUUCGAAGACAGGGGGCUGCCCAAUUUCCCCACGGGGGUCCCGUUCACCUUCUGGGAGCAGUACAUCAAGCUGAGGUUCUACUUAGUCCUAGCCAUUCUCGCCGUCCUGACGGCCGUCUUCCUGGUCCUGGCCGUCGUGCUGAUGAACCUGUGGGCGGCCGCCCUCGUCGUCCUCCUGUUGGCGACCCUGGUCUUCCAGCUCUUCGGCCUCUUCGGCAUCCUGGGCUUGAAGCUCUCGGCCGUGCCGGCGGUUCUCCUCAUCGUCAGCGUGGGCGUCGGGGUGGAGUUCUGCGUCCACGUGACGGUGGGCUUCCUGACGGCGGUGGGCGGGCGGGAAAGGAGGGUGAUUCUCGCCCUUCAGCAUAUGGCCACCCCGGUGCUCCACGGCGCCGUCUCCACGCUGCUGGCCUCCCUCAUGCUGCUCUUCUCCGAGUUCGAGUUCAUUAGGAAGUACUUCUUCUACGUGCUGCUCGCUCUCACCGUCCUGGGCGUGCUGGACGGCCUGAUCUUCCUCCCAGUCCUCCUGUCCCUGGUGGGACCUCCCGCCGAAGUCGUCCCUCGGAACCACCUGGACAGAUUACCCACGCCCUCCCCGCCGCCCUCCCCUCAGGCCUCGCAGUCGCACUUCCACCAUAGCCACUCCUACAGGAGGAGCCACCAUGGCGGCAGCAGCAGCAGCAUGCGAGGGUGCUCCGGCAGGAGGUCGAGUAGUGGCUGCGCUGUAGGAGGCGCUGCUGGAGGAGGAGGAGGUGGGUGCGGCGGCUCCUCCUCCUCGUCGUCCAUGUACCCGCGGCUCCACGGCUCCAACCUCUCCCUGACGACCAUCACGGAGGAGCCCCCUUCCUCCACCAGGUCGUCGCAGUCGCUCCGGUCGUCGCACGAGAUCGUCGUCGAGCCUCAGGUCGUCGUGGAGACGACGACGACGCCCUCCAUGGGCGGCAACGGCGAGCCGCACUUGGACCACCACGUGACGACUAAAGUCACCGCCACCGCGAAGGUCAAGGUGGAGCUUCACACGCAGUUACCUGGAGCAGUAGAGCCGACCUACCGCACGAGUAGCAGCAGCAGUAGCAGCAGCAGUGGCACCAGAAGGAGCAGCAGACGAAGUAGCAACGGCAGCAACUGCAGUAACGGGGCCGGAGGCGUAGGAAACAGCCCCUGCAAUUCUUCUUCUUCCUCCUCGGCUUCCACCUCCUCCUCGUCCUCCUGCUAUGGGACUGGGUCCUCCCCCAAGGGUUCCUCAGAUGUGGAGGAGUGCUUCUCCAAGUGAGGUGGUGCGUGAGUGAGUGAGUGAGUCCGCCUCGUCCGAAAUGGUGCUACUGGACCUACUGGACCUCUUCCUCCUUCAGAAGCCGGAUGGAACGUCGGAGGAUUUUCUGCUGUCCUCGGGAGGAUUCAUUCUGUCCUAGAGAGGAUUCCUGCUGUCCUCAGGAAGAUGCCUCCUGUCCUGAGGAGAAUUUCUGUUGCCCUUUAGAGGAUUCCUGCUGUCCUCAUGAGGACUUAUGCUGUCCCACGGAGGCUCCUGACCAGCGCUGCCUCGUCUUCCUCUCCUUCAUACCACCACUGGGCAAAAGAGUGGGGUUGCUUGACCAACCCCACUGCAAGACCCGUGUCUACUCUGGGCCAACCUCAAGAUUUAAAGCCCUUAUGGUUUAAAAAGGAACCUCACCGGCAUGAAGGCGUAUCAACCUCAAAACCAGGACCUGAGAACCGAUUGUGCCGAACCCCUCCUCAAAAAUCCUUCAUGUCACCCCACCCAUUUAAACUACCUCUGCAAAUCAGCUUUUUCGAAUUCGACCCCCAAAAAGGACUUCUUCGAGACUGGGGGCUUUAAAAGAUAGUUUGUGUACAAAGUCUCUCUCUCUCUCUCUCUCUCUCUCUCUCUCUCUCUCUCUCUCUCUCUCUCUCUCAUGCCCCCUUCCGAAGUCUAUGAAGGAAUUCGAAACAAUACUUUCUUUUUUUUACCUGAUGCGUGGUGUGUCUGUGGCCGCGUAAGUUUUCGUCAUUAUUGUAAUGUCUUCGCUAUUAUCGUCAUUGCUUCCUUGUUUGUUCUUCCUUGUCUGACAGGCACAUGGAAGUAAAGGCAAAAUAAAAAAACAGAAAGCAAGAAAAGUGACAAAAGUAAAGAGAGGCGAGCGUUUAAUUUUGACCAGUAUUAUGUGAAUAUAGAGAUGAUUUAAAUCUUAUAUUUAGGUCUUCACGUCUUUUCCAUUGAAAGGAAAGAUUCUCUCUCUCUCUCUCUCUCUCUCUCUCUCUCUCUCUCUCUCUCUCUCAGCUUAUAAAUCGUCAUACACUCAAUGUCAUUUUAUUUAUUACAAAGUAAUCUUAUCGUGAUUUCUCAUCGAUUUUAUAGUGAUUGAACAAAAAAUAUGCUACGACAGGUGAAAUGUGUUCGAUACACCUGUGUUAGCAGCUAAUUGUGGCGGUGUGACGUUUGAAGAGGUGUUUAGAUACCCCGGGUAGUGAUGCCUGAUUAAGAGACAGUGCCCAACCACGGCCCCGGGGGAAUUCACCGUCUGGCGCGAAAAGGAAGUGAAAAAAACACGGUAUUUUAGCAGUGUAAUUGAGCCCACUUGAAAAAGGCAAAUACCGUAAUGAAAAUGAAAAAUGCAGUGCAGUUUACAUAACUUGAAAUGAAGGCACAUAACAGAGUCAGUCUCUCUCUCUCUCUCUCUCUCUCUCUCUCUCUCUCUCUCUCUCUCUCUCUCUCUCUCUCUCUGCUUGUCCUUCUGAUGAUGAAAAAAAGAAAUGAAAAUAUGACGAUUUUAAUUUAUUACCAUCCAUGACAAAACGCCAGUGAAGAUAAUGAAAACCACUUCAGUGAUAAUGAUGAUGUAAUGACGAUAAUGACGGUGCUCAGAGGAACCACGAAAAUUGUCUACUGAAUGAAUAUACAUAUAAUGUAAAUAGAAACACACACAGACACACACACACAUAAUAUAUAUAUGCGGAAACACGUUGACAUUGUAUCGAUAGUUGAAAUUGUUUGUACAUUAUGAGUAUGUCGAUAGAUUGUGAGGCGUGAAUGUCAAGAGAAGAUACUUUGAAAGAAAAAUAAAAAGGUGUAAACAUUCUUUUGUAAACCAUUUGGCUCUGCUGUAUGUCAGAUGUUGUAUGUUUUAUUUUUUUAAAAGCUUCUGUCGGAUGUGCGUGAAUUUCACUGUUAUUAUUAAUUAUUAUUAUCAUUAUUUAUAUGAAAAAAAGAGGCAACUUAUCUGUCCUCUUUUUUGAGUGCGUGCAGGAAUCUGCCAGUGUAAUUAGAUGUCUAUUAUAUUAUUUUUUAUAAGUAUAUAUAUAUAUUAUAUAUAUUUCCGUUUAGUGUUGGUUUAUUCAAAGGCGUGCAGAUCAUGUACAUGGAACUCAGGACUUUUCAAUCUUAGGUAAUCUUAGUAAGAUGUUCUUCCAAGCCUACCUUUCUCGAUCCCAGCUGGGGGCUUCAAUAAGGGGGGGGAAAAUAAAAUAAAUAAAUAUAUAAAUGCAUCGCUUCUCUCGAAAACCGUACGAUAAUAUCAGGCAUUGAGCGAAGGUUUGUGGAAAUAGUACUACUACAAAGGUGAUCCGGUCGUUUCCAGAAUUGCUCGAGAAUAUUCUAACAAAAUGUUCUUGCAUUACCUCUCUCUUCAUGACGAUCGAAAAGAUACGGAAACGCUAGAAUAAUUAUGGGAACUAUCUACGCUUAGUUGAACGAAGAUGACCUUUCAAGAAAGCUUCACAUGGCCUUUUAAGAAAUUCUUCACGUGACCUUUUAAGAAAGCUUCACACGUGACCUUUUAAGAAAGCUUCAUGUGGCCUUUUAAGGAGGCUUCACGUGACCUUUCAAGAAGGCUUCAUGUGACCUUUUUAAGAAAGCUUCUUUUCAGAAGAUUUCACUUGACCUUUUAAGAAGGCUUCACGUGACCUUUUAAGAAAGCUUCACGUGACCUUUUAAGAAAGCUUCACGUGACCUUUUAAAAAAGCAUCACGGGACCUUUUAAGAAAGCUUCAAGUGACCUUUUAAGAGAUGGACCAAUUCCUUUAUACAGUGCCUUCCAAAGUGCAAAAAAAAAAAAAAAAAGGGUAAGCCGAACACCUACAGUGUCACCUUGGCACUGGUAAUGUUUUUUCCCCCAACACAGAAAAGCUUACAGCUGGUGUUGUACAGUGUAUAUUAUUUGUAUUUUAUUGUAGAAAACGUUUUUUUCUAGUAUGAGUCACUGUAAAGAUAUAUGGAAUAAAAAUAACAUUUCA